AUGGAUGCGUUCAGCACCCACAAAGAGCAACAAAACUCUGCGGCAACGCCCAUACAGUACCAUGCCGGCCUUCAACUAGACGAGACUUGCAAUGACCCGACCCAGAGCUGGCUGGAGAGGAAGCUGAGGCCCUCCAAAAUCUCAGCUCGAUACCCUAUCAAGGGCAAGCCGUUACUCUUUGCAACAUGUGCAUUUGGCAGUCUUGGUGAUGCCUUAUUCGGCUACAACUCGGGCAUCAUGUCCGGGCUUCUCGUCAAUCCGGUCUUUGUGGCCAGAUUCUACAGGGAUUACGGGGGAGCCGACGGCACAACUAGCAAGGUGAAUCCUUCCAUUACUGGCAUCUCAGUCUCGUGCUUGCAGCUCUCUGCUGCUCUUGGGGCACUCAUAGCUGGGCCAUUGGGGGAUAUGGUUGGUAGGAAGAAAUGCGUCCGCCUGGGAGCGUUCAUCUACUUCUUCAGCGCCUUUAUUCAGAUAUUUGCCCCUGGAUUCAACGCAUUUGUUGCGGGACGCACGAUCCAGGGUCUUGGGGUUGGAUUCCUGUCCAUGACAGUUCCCAUCAUUCAGACGGAAAUUGCGGCACCACAUCGUCGUGGCCUUAUGGUUGGAAUUGAAUACACCUUUCUCAUUGCCGGAUAUAUGCUCUCGUGCUGGGUAGACUAUGGCUUCCACUUUCUCCUUCCUGGACCAAUUUCGUGGCAAGGACCGUUUAUUAUUCAGAUUGUUCUUUCCUUUAUUCUUCUUUCCAUGUCAUUUUUCCUCCCCGAGACCCCUCGUUGGCUAGCGAAACAAGGUUUCAUGAAGGAGAGUCUGCAGACGGUGGCAGACUUGCACAGCAAAGGCGACGUUGACGCCCCGCAUGUCAAGAGCGUGUUUCUCGAGAUCCAGGAAGCAGUUCGAUAUGAGAGGACACUAGGGACCUCAAGCUGGAAGGAAAUGUUUACUCGUUAUCGCAAGCGUACAAUCGUCGGCAUCACUGUUCAAAUGUUUGCGCAGCUAAAUGGCAUCAAUAUCAUAUCGUUCUAUCUUCCAAGCACCCUUUCCGCGGCUGGGUUUGACGACAGGAAAUCCCUGCUCUACACUGCCGCCAAUGCUAUACCUUACACGGCGGCAACCGUCACGACUUGGUACCUAGCUGAUAAAUGGGGUCGACGACCUCUCUUGAUCCUGGGUGGUCUUGCCAUGGCAGCCUUGCUCGGUGUGGUGUGCGGCUUUACGCAGGCAAACUUGCCGGUCAAGAUCAAAGCCGACGGCCAGUACGCCUUUGUCAUGCUGUACAAUAUUGUUUACGGAUUCACAUGGGGUCCCAUGCCAUGGCUGUUGCCAGCAGAGAUUUUCCCACUCCGGGGGCGCAGCAAAGGCAUGGCCCUCGCGACGACCAGCAACUGGAUCUUCAACUUCAUUAUAGGCAUGGUUUCUCCCGACGCUUUUGCAGGGAUACAUGGCUACUUUUAUUUGAUCAUUGCGGGGUUUUGUCUCUUCUCCGCCUUCCUCGCCUGGAGCUACUAUGUUGAGACGGCUGGUCACACAUUGGAGGAGAUUGCCAUUGCAUUUGGCGACAAGGCCUUUAUUGACGCGGAUGAGGAUGUUGUCCAGAACACAGAUUUUGGCACCCAUUCAAACCAGGAGAAAACCAAGGUGUAG